ACGACUUUAGAUUACAUCAUCAAAAUAAUUUAAGAGAGCCUGUUAAGGGUCAUUGUGCUUAAGAUUGCCAUUGCUUUUGGGCAUUCUAGUAUAAAUAUGACUGUGAACGUUUGUACUUGGACUGGAUAGUGUACUCAAAAUCCAGAGAGGACAAUACCGAGUUCAUUAGCCAUGAAGUUCACAACGGCAUGUGUGAUCCUUUGCCUGGUAAACUGCUGCUUAUUUUUAGCUCCUGGGAUCUCAGGACAUAAGAUUGUUUGCAGCCAAUAUGUAAAAGAUAAAAAAGGCCAGUAUGCUUGUCCUGAUAUCUAUGAUCCAGUGUGUGGAACUGAUGGCAAGACUUAUGCUAACAAAUGUGAAUUAUGUUCCAAAAUCUUGAGGGGAUCCAAACUAGACAUUGCAUAUGAAGGAAAAUGUGUUGAUUGCAGUAAAUAUCCCCAACCACAAAAGGGCACGGCUGCAGACUGCCCAAAAGAUUAUCGGCCAGGACUUCCGGGGGGCGUGAUUGUGGAACCCAGAUCUAGCCCAAAGGGUCUAGUUCUGAUGGUAGAAACAGACCCAGUUCCCAGUCCUGCUAAAAUUUCCAUGAAGGCAUAA